AUGAAAUCAUUGAAAAAUGAUCGAUAUUGGGUUUUAAUAAUUCAUUCAACAUUAAAUUUAUUUGCUGCUGAUCAUGAUAAUCAAAUAUUCACGACGAUUGGAAAUUACAACAUCAAAAGGUGUUCCUCUUAUACAUUUACAAAGGAUGAUUCAGGUGUUUUUCAUCAUACAACAUCAAAUCAUAUUAAGUAUGCAUUUAUCAAUAGUGACCAUGGAAUUAUUCAUAUACUUGAUUUAUAUAUUUGUAAAGCAAAAGUUAAAAUACCUAAUAUAAAUCUAAAUGCUAAAUUAAUUUUACCACCAUGUUCAAUAAGUCAACAAGAAUCAAAGCAAAUUUAA